AACACUACCGCCGCCGCCACCGCCGCCUCACGCAACACCACGCCGACCUCACCCUCAAAUUUUCUCCCUGUGUAACCUGCUAGACGACUCCGGGGGCCACCCUCCGCGCGGCCAGGGCCACACGACGCUGCCGAGGCCAUGGAGAGCACCAGCGACGCCUCGAGACGCGGAGGAGGGGUGGGAGGCCAGGCCAUCUCCAGGCGCCCUCUCCCUCCUCCUCACCAGGAAUGUGACCACUCCAAGCUAGCCUUGGCCCACUCCUUUAUUACCGAUAUGACCUUGUCCACCGCCACUACUUGUGUGAUGGCCACGCCGGGGAACAGUUGUGGUGGUCCGCACGAGAACGGUGAAGUGCUGAUGAAUGGUGUGGAGGAGGCUGACUGCGGCAGCCCCACCACCCCAGGCUCCACUACUGGCUCCACCCCAGGUGCCGCUACCACAGGUGCCACUACCCCAGGUGUCUCCUCCCCAUGUGGCUCCACCCUGUGCUGCACUACCCCACGGGGCAUUACUCCAGGGUGUGGUGCUGUGGGUGGUACCCAGCUAGACGGAACUACCCAUGUCUACACCAUCCCAGGUGGGCCUGCAUCAGGGGGCAUUACCCCACAUGGUACCACCCCAUACCACACAACCACAGGGGGCACUACCCUCGGGGAGGGUGACCACCCGCAGCCCGAUGGUGACCAAGAUAGGAGUGACGAGGAAGCAAACUUUGAGGUUUCAGAGCUCAUAAAUGAAAUAUUACACCAGUCAUCAUACCUAGAUGAGGGGACUCUGAAUGGGUUGGAGUUUGUAGAAACUUUGCCUGAUAGCUUAGAAGGUGGAGACGUGGACGAUGUCAUAAGUACGAACAGUGUGCUUCCUCUGUACCUAGGUCGUGCAGAGAGAAGAAAUUCAUCCCCGGACUCUGACUCUAACAUGAGAACGGCCAGCGAAGGGUCGUCUACACCCACCAGCCAGCUCUCCGUGCCCUCCACUCAUUCCUCAGAUCACCAAAACUGUAACACAUUAGAAAAUAGAGACAUACUAAAUCAGACAAAUUCCACUGAAUUAAAGUCCGAGUCAGAGAAACUUGAGGAAUGUUUAUGUGUGGGUGGCGAGAGUGAACACGAAGGCCUGGAGUUCCCAGGUGUGGCGAGUGUCGGUGAGAGUUUGAACUCCAUUUCUGUAGAAAAUGCUCCCCAAGAAGUCCUGAGAAAUCCAAGUAUGGCAGACUGUCUUCUAGAGGAUGUGAUCGCUUUGCAAAAUGCGCAAGAAAAUAGUGCGGGGAGUGUGAGCGAUGAUUUAAAUAAUGGUUUUAAAAGUGAAGAAAAUUUGUUAAAUAUUAAAUCAGAAGUGGAAAUGAAAGAUGAUAAAAGUGAGAACCCUUUACUCAGUGAGGUGAUUGCAAGUGUGAGAACGACAGAGAGUGUGCAAGUAGAGUUGGUAGAUCUUACAAGUGAAGUCGGAACCCUCGAGGAAAUUGUAAAUGACGAUGUAGAGGAAAAUAACGUUGCAGGUUCCUCACUUAUCUGUGAUCCAUCAGAAACGGCGAGGCAUGAAAAGCUUUUGGAGAGAGAUGGUGACAUUUGUGAAACCACCACAGCCCUAAUGAGCUUGUCAUUAAAUGGCGCAUAUUUUGAAAAUUCACCAGAAAGAAAUAAAGUACCAAAUUGGACCGGGGAUAGUGAGAGUAGUGCGUGCAGUCAAGGGGAAGUGGCUGGUAGUAAACCUGAUGAUGAUAACACUUCCCAAAGUCUCUAUCAUGAGGAUUUUAAAGACAAACACAUUCCUUGUGGAUCAGAGCUGGUUGAGGACCAGCAGAUGGCUCCAGACAAGAACAGAGAGAGGAGCACACAGCCUAAUAAUGAGUGUUUGUGUAAAAGAAUGCAAGCUGUAGAAGAGGGCGGAGGUGUGAUGGUGGGGGUGUGGUCGGAGUUGAGGUCAUCGCUGCGCCAGCUUCACCGUUCUAUGAUUCCCCAGUCCACCCAGGGGUCAGCUCAUCGGUCAAGGCCUUCUUUGAACCGUAUCAAGGCCUUAGCUAACAUGUUGGUGAGCCACGAUGCCCAUCAGCUGUACAUGCGCAUCAGUCACCUUGCUCAUGAGCUGUGUAUAGAGUUGAAGGUGAGACUCUUGGCAACCAUUCAUGAUAAUCCUACAACACAAGAGGCCACUACUUUCAUUCAGGGUGUGUGUGAUUCGUACCAGUGGGUUAUGAGUGUGUGUGAAGCACUCCACCCAGCACUGGAGCGCUUGGACUCGGAGCACCUAAGCCGCUUCAAACUCAACUGGGUAACAGUCAACAUGCACAUCUUUCACUCAACGAUUCUCACUGAUCCCGAUGUUCAGGAUUAUGCACAGAUAUGUAAACACAAGUUAAGUGAAUCAACCGAAGGUGAAGAUGUCAUUGGGUGCUUAGCCUCACUUCACCGUACCCUAACAGUAGCAGAGGCAGUGUGGGUGCGUGCUGAUGUACUUUUGCAAGAUUAUGCUGUUGAACGGGCUGCUGUAAGUACACGUCGCAGACAACUUCUUGCUGACUGGGAACAAUUCAAAGCACAACAGCGUACUCAACAUCAUCAAGAACAUGUCUUGAAAAAUGGGGUGCAGAAUCCUGCUGUGACAUCAGCUGCAGAAGACAGUGCAACUCAAUGUCCAUGUGAUGACUGUGCUGGAAAUAGAGGCAAACUUGGCGAUUUGCUGCCCUCUUCAACAAGUGCAAGAAUUCCUCUUUCAUCCACGGCAGACAUUCGUCCACCCUCAAGCUGUGAAUGCCACUUCUGUAAUGCAUCUAUGGCAGCAGCUACAUCAGAGGAAGCUGUACUGCCACCAUCCUCUGGGAGCUCUCUGCCUCCCCUGGCCCAGCCACAGCUCUCACUAUACCCCCACAUUCAUAGCACCCCCCCAGGAAGUGACAUAGUAGGUGUGGGACAGUCAAGAGAAGAGCUGGGACCUAUUCCUCCUGCACCCACCACAAAGCCGCCCAUCACAACAAACCCUUACGUGGGAAGCGACUUAUUGACAGAGCAGCUGAUGCGUGAAUGGGAAAUGGUGUAUGGAGACACACUCACUCCCCCGGGCUCACACCCCAUGAUGCCCCCACCACAAGCUGUCCUACAAACAUAUGAGACUGAUCCAUCAAGCCUCGUAAGUGGCGUGGAAACCCUACGUAUCAGUUCCUCACGACCAUCAUACACUCGCACCAUGGUGGAUCCUUCUUUGCCAUAUGUGCCUGAUUCUCACGCCACUGCCCGAGCACAUACUACCAUUCUUCCCAGCAGCCAGCCUUCAUCAAGCACUGCCAGUCAUCCUGUAUCAUCAACAUCUUGUCAUGCAUCCAAAGUUCCUGUGAGUAGUAGAAAUGGCACACCUUGUACAGAUGGCAGUUGUCUGUCUGUUCCUCAAGUGUCAUCAGUGGGAGGUACCAAGUGCUGUUCAAUCACCAAUACAACAAGUGUCAUUACGCACACUCGAGCUCACCAUACGCACACAACUGCUUCUACUCAAAAAGGUAAAUGUUUGAAUGGGUUGGAUGAUUCGCUAAAGCAUCAGGUGGAACGCACUGAUGGAUCAACCAGUAGAGAAAGUGUGGGAGAGAGUGAGACGAGUGGGGGAGAUGAGUGGAGCAGUGGAGACGAGAGUGACUCCUCAACCACUGUGUCAUCCACCCACCAGGACCCACACUGUGACUGCUGUUACUGUCAUAUGCUUCACCAUAAUCAGGGUGGUGGAAGACAGAAAUACAGUGAUAGGCGUGACAGACUGCUGCAAAUCCUGUCAAGAAAGAAAAAGGCUCGUAGUUGUUCUGCAGUGUCAUGUUCUGCAAGUACAACUUCAACAAAUACACAUACUCCAACUCCAGCUGCUGUUCCUUCUCCUGUAACCUCUGGUGUGCCUGUAACCAAGAGUGUCAGUACUCCACUAGGAGGCCAAAAUAUUGAUAAGAUUUUAGACUUCAUAGAAGGCAAUCACAUGGAUGAAGCCAAACAUGCCAAGAAAGCUGCAAAAAAAGCUCGGCAGAGGCAGAAAAAGAUGGCAAUUAGAAGAGAAGAGGAGGAGGAGGAGGAGGAAGAAGAAGAAGAAGAAGAAGAGGAGGAGGAAGAUUUUGAUGAGAAAGAUGAUGAUUGUGAAGAUGAUGAUGAUGCGGAGGAAGAUGGGCCAUUGGCAGAGCUGAGACGGAGAGCACCAGAUGUGACCAUUACAGUAGUGCGUCCUGGUCAACACACAUCACGAACUCCUUCAUCUACACAAGUUGUUUCCCAACGUCCAAGAGAACCUUCCCCUACUUCCAUGGACAAGGGCAAACCACCACCUGCAAAGCUUGUGCCAUCCCUAGUUCAAACUUCUGCAGACUCACAGUCACAGCCUCAUUCUACUUCAAGGACCAUCUUGCACCCUUACCGGCAGUCAAACCAACAAAGUCACCAGCUAACACAGUCCAGCAGGCAGGCUUCAGUGCCUACUCCUCCUCUGGCAGCUAAUGCCACUUCGUUUAAUAGUAAAGAGACAGUUACUAAUACUCCUCCUUUAAGUGGCCCUAGUAGCUUAAGUAAUAUCUUAAAAGGAAUGGACACAACAACUAAAGAAAAAGAUAAAGGCUCACAAAUGGUAACAAUUAGAAGAGUGAUGGAUCCCAACAACUCUGAGCCUACUGUUACUAUAACACUCAAAGGUGACCAGCCGGAGAAGGACAAAGUGCUCUUCAAGUUGGUGAAUGGCCAAGCAGUGUCUGGUAAUGGCAGCAACUCUGGGCAAGGCAUCAAAAAGGGAGGAAACCGGUUACAAAGUCAGCCUCAAUUUCAAACUCAUCCUCAACUUCAGUCUCAGUCACAACUUCCCUCAAGUGAACCAGCAGUGCCUGAAGGAUUAGACCCAGAAGAAGUAAAGAAAUUCAAGAAGAGGCAGAAAAAAGAGCGUCAGCGACUCAGGAAACAACAAGAGCAGAUGCAGGAACAGCAGAAAGGCCAAUUGCAACAGCUUGAACUGCAAAAGCAACAAGAGAUACUUCGCCAGCAACAGGAACAUAUCCACCAGCAGCAACUGGCUCUGCAACGACAACAGGAGGAGCUUUUGCGACAGCAGCAACAGCAGCAGCAGCAACAAAAUAACCCUUCAAAUAACUUAAAGAAAAACAAGAGAAAAAAUAAAGGAAGUAGCAGUAGUGUCAAUUGUAACAACAAAAGUAGCGGUAAUAAAGUUGUGAACCACAAGAGUGGUGUGUCAGCAGUGGUAUAUGAUGGUGAUGAUAUGGCUCAGUCCUUUAACCUCCCUCCAGGGGUAACUAUCAACAAGGUGGAAGGACAACCAGGCAUGGUCACCAUUUCAAAUAAUAUGGGUGGUGCCUUCUCACAACCAUUUUUACCCAACCCUAAUGUGUAUCCUAGUCCUCUAGUACAAGGUUUCUCUGCCACACAGGAAACUACUAUAUCUAAGCCAUAUGGCAGGUCGCAUGCCCCAGGUUUAAGCUGGAAUAGUGCUGUGGAUGGGGCUGGAAACUAUCCAGAUAAAGAUAAUGUUAUUGUUGUAGAUACUAACAAUAGUUUCUUGGGUGCAAGUCCAGCUCCCAGCAAUAGUUCUUCAAAACGAGAGAUCUCGUCAGAUGAAAAAGUCAUGAUGGCUGUAAAUGGGCUAAUUGAUCCAAGUACCCUCAAUAUGACUCAAAAAAAGAAAUUCAAAAAAAAGAAGAAAGAAUUACAGGAAGAAAAAGAAAGGGAGGAGCAGAAGCAAAGAGAAGAGGAUGAACUUAUGGAUCAGAUGUAUAACUUAGCAACUGGAAAGUGGACUAAACAGCCAGAUAUAGUGCAAGGUCAGAUACAAGGUACCAAGACUCAAGCUAAAAAGAAUCAAAAACAAAAAGAGAAUAGUAAGCAGCUACUUCUUCAGAACAAUUGCAUCAAACAAAAUGGCCAACAAUCCACUAAAAAUAAUAAACUACAGCAGAAAACACCAGAAAUUCAGCAACAAAAACAGAAGCAACAAUCAGAUAUCACGAGGCAGAGCAGUAAAAGCACUAAGCAGAACACUAAAGAUACAACACUUCAAAAUAUUACUAACCAGCCCAUUAAAACUGUAAAUUCUGGUAGUCAGAAUGGUAAGGUUAAACAGCAACAAAUUCAACCACAACAAAGUCAGACUCGACCGUUAGCUCCGCAAAAGCCUCCAAGUCAUGAGAAGCAACAACUACAGCUCAAGAACCAAAAACAACCUCAGCAACAGCAGCAGCCAAAGCAGAAUCACCAGCAACAGAAAGUAAAUCAACAGCAACAGAGACAAAAUCAACAAUAUCAGCAACAGCAGCAACACCAGCAACUGCAUCAACAGCAGCAGCAACAACAACAGCAGCUGCAGCAGCAGCAACAACAGCAGCAGCUGCAGCAGCAACAACAACAGAAGCAAAAUCAGCAACAAUUUCAAAAACUUAAUCAAGUCCAGCCAAAGCAAAAUCAGCAACAGCUGCGUCAAAAACAGCAACAACCAAGACAGCUGCAACAGUAUCAGCAACAGGCAAGACAGUUACAUGAACCACAAAAUGUUAAUAACAAUCAUAAAUUAAAUAAUAGUUUUGGGAACUUGAGUGGGAAAGUGGGAUAUGUUCCUCAGGAUAUUGCCCACGAGGCGCGUUAUGCUCAGUACCUUGCCGCUAAUGCCAACACUCUAGCCAAAAUGAGCUACAGUGCAUAUAAUGGUAGUGUUUUAGGAGAACAUGUUCAUGACUCUUGUGGGGGUGGGGAUGAUGAUAAGAAAAGCUCGAGUAAGAAGAAAAAGGCCAAGAAGGGUAAGAAAGGUCAUCUUGAAGACAUGACGACUAUUGAUAGUGUGUUUACUCCAAAGGACGUGGCAGAAGGAGAGCUAGAUGAAACAGAACGAGAUGUAGAGGCAUUCAAGCGCUUUUGUUUCAACAAUGUUCCUCGGUACUCGGGGGAGAAACCCAAGGUGAAUUUCAAUGUUAAGGACAUCAUGAUUAAAAAACGGCCUUGUAAUGUAAAUCUCUAACAGUGACAACUUGGAAACAAAAUGGUUUUCAAAAAACUAUUUUAUAUAUUGAGCCAUCAGUGCAGCCUAAGAAAAUUAAAAGUAAUCCAUUUAUAAAUGAGAAUGAUUGUGUCAACUGAUAUCCUCUUUUUUCUUACUUUCAUAUUAUUAACAUUUCAACAAUGCUGUACUAUAGUGUCAGCACCUUCAAUUAGUAAAUUUCUGUUUUUUAAUAUUUGCAUGAAUAAAUGCUUUAUUUAGAACAUAAAAGUUCUAGAUUUUAAACCUAGCUGUGUGAUAGCUUAUAUUAAGUUUCAAGAAACCUAAUGUGACUUUCACCUCAGAGAAUUGGUGAGAAUACAUCUUAAUUUGCAAAGAGCACAUAAGUUGCAUGAUACUCCUCUAAUUUACAGCAUAUAACAUACUUGACAGUGUGUGUUACCUUUGUUGCAUUAAGCAUGUGUUUUAUGAUGCAGGGAAAAUAGGUCUUGCAUUACAGAAUUUUUUUUUGUUUUGUUAUGUAGAGGAUGUCUUUAAUACUAUAGUGUGUGUGUGUUAAUAUACUGAGGCUGUUAUAUGUUGAAGAACAUGUGUUUAUUCAUGCUUCAAAAAGCAUGCUCCUGUAUAAUGCAUCUCAUAAUUGGUGCUUACAUAUUCAUUUUCCUUAUCAGACCACAAGACAAGAUGAUGCCUGGUAUUGUACAUUAUAAUUAUGGCAAACUGACAAUUGGUCUUUGGUAAUAUUGUACUAAUAAGUUUUUAUCUUGUUAUAUUAUCAUCAUCUGCAUACUGUAUGUACUUUAUAGUCAAGUAAUGUUGACACUUAAUUCAUUCAUAAUCAUUUCCCAUCAGUCAUUAAAUGUAGAUUAAUUUCAUUUUGUGCGAAUGAUUGCUUGAUAUGUAAUCAGAUUUAAUCUGUAUAACAAGGAAAUGUUUAAUGUUGAUAUGUGAGGUUAUUAAUUGUAUCACCUGUCCUUGUACAACUUUGUUAUUAACAUAAUUGGCUGUGAACCUUGUGGAUGGGUGUUUGUCAGGUGGAGUGAAUCAGUAUUAUGUCAUCCAAAUGCUGUUGAUCAAUUAUACCUUAUUACUCCUCUUACGUACACUAAAGCUAUAAAUAGUUACUAGCAUGACCUAUAUAUGACAGUUGGUAACAUCUUUGGCACCCCUCGUAUUUCCGUACAGAAAGGUUGCGUGUUGUGCAAGAAACCACGAAGGGUAAUGUUUUGAGAUGAUAGGACUAUAUUAUUCAGAUUUUGACAUAUAGUGCUAUUAAACUGUACAGUUUGAAAGUAGAAGAAAUACUAACAUUAAAUUGUAAGUUGAUGUGAAAUAGGACAUGAUUUAGGUUUUUAAGUUGUGUGAGGAUAGGAAGGAUGGAUCUUGCUCCCUGCAUGGCUGCCUAUCAUUGCAGAGGAGCAGCCUUGUUAAUAAUGCUUCAGAAUUUAGAACCCAUUUUUAUGUAGAAUAUUUGGUCUUCUUGAAAGGCUUAUGCCACUAAUAAAUGAGUGACCAAUGUA